GCCAGUCGAGGGAAGUUCUUCAUCGGCCAAGUUUUUCAUUAUUCAACUUGAUCAAUAACAAGCGAGUAUUUGUGAUUGAAACUCUGCAGUCAUUUCUAUCAGGUUGCAUUGAAAGAACCUUUAGUGUGCGAGUAAGAAUAGGAAGACCGGACGUGAAGGAAGGACCAGAGCGUGAGCAAGAAGAAACAAGUCGACGCACACGCGAGGUCGAAAGCAACUCAAGAGUAGGGAUCGAGAGGAUCCAGAGGAAGGGAAUGAGCGAGAGGAGUUGAAGGAAGCAAAGAAGGGUGAUUUCGCGAGUGUCAGAGUGAAAGAGAGCAGCUCGUGGAGCUUUCCUCUAGGGUCCUCGCACCUGUCCUCGUUUAGUUGGACCACCGGACACGCCUACGACCAAUCCACGAGCACCCUCAAACAUGACGUCACCGGUCCUAGAAGCUGGUGGGAGACCGCGAGACUGAUCACAGUUGCGGGGACCACUAGGAAGCGCGGGUGGGGAUUCUAGGCCCAGCCUGGCUCGGCCCGGUCUAAGCUUAUGCUUUGAGUUUGCUGUCCAAACGUGAUUGCUGUCUGCCAAAGCGUGCAUUUCCCACCACCAGUCCGUGAGGAAAACGUCAAUUGUAUUUAUAUGUCGUGUUCGACCGGUAUAUCUACGUCAAUUAUUAUCGUCAUAAUUAUUAUCUAAUAAUCGCGUAAACAGUGAUUGGUGGGGUGACAGUUAAUUGUUUUAAGGGUGAUGUGGUGAUGUUGUCAGGAGGGGUAAUUUUCGUGACUACAAUUACAAGUGUUAUUAACCGGAAGUGUAUUAUUAUUCGUCGUUGAAGAUACGAGAGAGAGUGUUGAAUGUUUGAUACAUCGGGGUGUGAUGCCCUGGUUAUGGUUAGUCGUGAGUGAGGCUAGAGGCAAAAGGUUGUCGUUUUCGACACCUUGGAGUUCAUAUCAAUUGAGUCAACUUUGUCGUUGGCCGAAAGUGGUAACCGCACCCACGUGAUUAUGGUGCACCAAAGAGGCUCGGCGCGGCCGGUCUCAUACCUGCGGCAACAUCAUCAACGAAAAAGGCCACCACCAAGAAUACUCCUUGUUAUCUUGCUAACUCUUUGGCUGCCGGCGCUAGAUACUCCCGGUGUUUUAGCUUGUGGUCCUGGAAGGGGUGGCGGACGGCGGCCUAUUUUACGAAAGCUCACACCCCUUGUUUUUAAACAACACGUGCCUAAUGUUAGUGAAAAUACUUUACCUGCUAGUGGACUCCCUGAGGGUCGUGUGUCACGACACGAUUCCAGGUUCAGAAAUCUGGUACCUAAUUACAAUGCUGACAUUAUCUUCAAAGAUGAAGAAGGGACCGGAGCCGACAGACUCAUGACCCAGAGGUGCAAAGAGAGACUGAAUACCUUGGCGAUAUCUGUAAUGAACCAAUGGCCAGGUGUAAAACUAAGAGUAACUGAGGGCUGGGAUGAGGAAGGAAAACAUGCUCUUGACUCUCUUCACUACGAAGGAAGAGCUGUUGAUGUUACGACGAGUGAUCGUGAUCGCUCUAAAUAUGGAAUGCUUGCAAGACUUGCUAUUGAAGCUGGCUUCGACUGGGUCUACUACGAAUCUCGAUCUCAUAUUCACUGUUCAGUUAAGUCAGAAUCUUCCUCAGUCGGUAAAUCUGGAGGAUGUUUCCCAGGCAAAAGCUUGAUCAGGACAUCAGAAGGACAUCAGAAACCUUUGUCAGAUCUUCGCAUUGGAGAACGUAUUGCAGCAUUAAACUCUGAUGGGAAUGUCGUUUAUAGUGAGGUCAUUGCAUUCUUGGACAGAGCACCUGAAGAAAGACGUCAGUUUGUUAAACUCAUCACUGCUUCUGGAAAAUAUUUAACACUUACACCAGCUCAUCUAGUUCCUGUAGAGUCUGAUGAUCAAGAAUCAAGUAGAAUAACUUUUGCUGCAAGAGUCAAAGUUGGAGAUAGAAUUUUAGUACAAGAUCCAGACACAACAAAUGUUGAAAGCUUUAGACUGAGAUGGGAUCAAGUAAUAGAAGCUAAAUUGGUCCUUGAAGAAGGAGUUUUUGCGCCACUUACAAGGGAAGGUACAGUUGUGGUUGAUGAUGUUGUUGCUUCCUGCUAUGCUAUUGUUGACAGUCAAACUUUGGCUCAUUAUGCUUGGAUGCCAUUCAGAAUUGUUUGGAGUAUUCAGUCAGGUUUUGAAAGCAUUAAGAAAUUUUUCUGGUCAGACACAACACAAGAAACAGCUGAAGAUUUCAUCAGUAGUAAUGAAAUUAACGGUGUUGUUCAAGAGAAAACAUAUCAACCUCUGGGUGUUCAUUGGUAUGCGUCAUUCCUUUAUUCAAUCGCAUCUAACAUCCUGCCGUCAUCACUACUCUACUGAUGAAUGGAAUGAAACAUCAAAAAUUCUGUUGAAAUCAUAAACAAAGUGUUGAUACCAGUGUUAUGACACACAGUGUUUUAGUGUUCAAGUUGUAAUAAACAAUAAAUAAAUUAACUACUUAAUGAUAAUAAUCAUAAUAAUUUAAAAUUAGAUAAUAAAUAAAAAUAAAAACAGGUAUUUAAUGGAUUGCGUCCAAGACGAUGAAAUGACUUAAAAGACUCUUCGUGUUUUCACGAGUUUUAUUGAUAACGAAAUUAUAAGAUAAUUAUAUUUUAAUAUUUAAUUAAACUACAAAAAGUCGUGUAGAUUCAAGUCGUAGACAAAGUUGGCCAGUGCUAUUAUCUUUAUUUACUUAAUUAUUAAUUAAUUAUUCUCGUGCUUAAUAAAUUUUCUAAUAUCAUUAGAAAAAAUGUAACUCGAGCGGCAUCCUUGUAAAUAAUUUUAUAAUUGUAAACAAAAUUAAUUAUUUUAUAUUAUUAUAAUUAUUUUUAAUAUAACUAUAAUAAUAACUAUUCGAUUAUUAUUAUUACUUGUAAGCAAUUUUCUUUGAACGCCCCCAGAAUCUUUCAU